AUGCAGCAGAUCAGAGAAGCAGCAGCAAAAGCAGCAGCUGCAGCGGCAGCAGGAGCAAAUGCUGCAGCACAACCUGCUGCAGAGGCCAGGGACUCCUCACGUGAAGUGCCCUGUGGAUUUGAAGACUGCUGCAGCUGCUCUGCAGCAACAACAGCAGCAACAGCAGCAGCAGCAAGAAUGCAACAGAAGGUAGACGAUUUCAACCAGGCCCAUGGCAACAGCAGCAGCAACAGCAGCCGCAGCAGGAGCAGCAGUUCUGGCUGGGGUGGAAGUAAGCCGAGGCUUGUUCUCGAGCUGCUGGGGGCCGAGUUGCUGCUGCUGCUGCUGCCGCAGCAGCAGCAGCAAAAGCAGCAGCAGCAAGAGUCCUGUGAGACAGAUGGCGUAUCCGGUGAUCUUUUGUCAACUUUGUCGAUUUUGCAUCUUAGGGCUUUCCUCUGCCUUCUUGCUGCUGCUCCUGCUGCUCCUGCUGCUGCUGCUGCUGCGCCAGCAGCAGUGCGCUGCAUGCGCAGCCCAUCGCAUUGUCUUAUGGAUGAAACAUCAGUUUGCAGCAGCAGCAGCAGCAACAGCAGCAGCAGCAACGGCUGCAGCAGCAGCAGCAGCAGCGGCUGCAGCAGCAGCGGAAGUGUGUGCUACUGCUGCUGCUGCAGCAACAACAUGCGGCUUCUGCUGCUUCGCGUGCAUCUGUUCGCGCUGCUGCUGGUUUGCUGCCGCAGUGACUGGAAGCCACCCGACUUUAUGCCUGUCUGGCAGUUGGCAUCGAUUAUUGGGGGUCGGCUGCUGCUGCCUUCUGCUGCUGCUGCUGCUGCUGCUUCCCCCUCUGGCUGUGGCCGCAGUGAGGGGAGUCCGUACAUUGUAACGUCCCGUGAUGCAGCGGCAGCAGCAGCAGCAGCAGCAAACGUUGAUCUCUGCGGCAGCAAGAGCGGCAGCAGCAGCGCUUGUGACAGUUUCAGCAGUAGCAGCAGUGACAGCGGCGGCAGCAGCAGCAGCAGCAGCACGACACAGAUUACGCAGACUAUCGUUGCAGCGGCAACAUUAGCAACAGCUGCAGCAACAGCUGCAGCAACAGCAGCAGCAACAGCCGCAGGAACAGCAGCAGGAAAGCCAUGCUGCAGCAGCACCAGCAGCAGAAACAAACUGUGCGAGUGCCGCGGCUGGACCUAA